GCCACUUAAUACUAAAGCCGGCUGGCUCACCACUUAUGCAGUUCACAAUGUGCAGACGUUAUACCGUGCACGGGUUAAUCCAGCAAACGAACGCUAUGAUACACAUCAUGAGGGCCGUCCUCGCGGCAGCACCCUAACCAGGAUCGAAGCGAUACGCUCCGACCCCCACG